AAGUGCAACCGGAAGUUCAGAGCACGGCGCUGGGGAGGAGGAGGACAACGUGUUUCACUGUUUGGAAGAGGUGGCAGCAUCCGGGAAAAUGACGUCCUUUCGUCUGCCUCCUCUACCAACCAUCAGCGAAAUCAUCAAACUGUAUAACCUGCGAGCUCAGAAGCAGCUGUCACAGAACUUCCUCUUGGACUUGAGACUCACAGAUAAAAUCAUCCGGCAGGCGGGGAACCUGAGGAACGCGUGUGUGUGUGAGGUGGGACCCGGGCCUGGAGGACUCACCAGGUCCAUCCUCAACGCCGGUGCAGCUGAUCUGCUGGUGGUGGAGAAGGACUCGCGCUUCAUCCCGGGAUUAAAGCUGUUAUCCGAGGCGGCUCCAGGGCGAGUCCGAAUCGUCCACGGUGAUGUUCUUGCGUACGGGAUGAACGCGGCUUUCCCAGCACACAUCACGAAGAAGUGGGAAGAAGAGCCUCCUAAUCUUCACAUCAUCGGGAAUCUCCCCUUCAGCGUCUCCACUCCACUCAUCAUUAAGUGGCUGGAGGAGAUGGCCAGCAGGAGCGGACCGUUCGUGUACGGACGCACGAGACUCACGCUGACCUUCCAGAAAGAGGUGGCGGAGAGAUUAACCGCGAGCACUGGAAGCAGACAGCGCAGUCGUCUGUCCAUCAUGGCGCAGUACCUGAGCUCUGUCAGCACCUGCUUCACCAUCCCCGGCCGAGCGUUCGUCCCCAAACCCGACGUGGACGUGGGGGUGGUACACUUCACUCCUCUGGUUCAGCCACACAUCCAGCAGCCCUUUAAGCUUGUGGAGAAAGUGGUCAGGAACGUCUUUCAGUUCCGCAGGAAGCACUGCCACAAAGGACUCGAGAUGUUGUUUCCCGAGGCUCAGAGACUCAGGAUGACGGAGGAGCUUCUGCGGAGCGCCGACGUGGACCCGACUCUCCGUCCCCCCGACAUCUCCAUCAGCCAGUUCAGAGCUUUAGCGGACGCCUACAGCAGGCUGUGCAGAGAAGACCACACGCUGUUCAGCUACGACUUCAGAGAAGAGCUGAGGCAGAAGCGUCAGAGCCACAGACAGGUGAAGAGACAGAGACGCUAAUGGCUGCCGUUCACACCGGGACAUUUGCACUGCGGCUCAGGCAUGAAUUUUUUACACCUUUCUAUUCCAGCUGCAGUGUUGAGUGUAGAAGAAACAAUGGCUUGGAGGUAAGAUGGUGUAGUUUUAUUUUAUAUAGAUGUGAAGGAUAUCUGCGGUAUUUAAUGUACUCCUGAAAAACAAAAAGACUGUAGUUCAUAUAUUUUAAGAAAACGCUGGAAAUGAAAGAUAAAAUGCGAUUGUAAUCCUCAGUGCAAUCACACGAGGCCCUUUAUGAGCAGAUUCAGACCUGAAAAUAAUCAUUUUUGUAGUUAUUCAGGCCAUUUCUCUUUCUCAGAGCUGUUGAGAAGAGAGUUUAGACUUUGACUCUGAAUUGCUGUCAUAUAGCAAAGUGACAGCAGCGCCGUAAUCGCUUCAGCGCACAGAGCGCAUCCGUAACGUCGAGCAGUUCAGAGGAAAAUGUUUCUCUAGUGACUUUGGAGAGAAAGUUUCAAGACUUCUGAGGUUAUUGCACAGCAGAAAUAGGAAGUAAAUAAAUAAAUAAGUUUGAUGGCAGAUUUUCGCUGUUACAGAAGCGUAAUGCGUAUGAAAUUUGGGUAUAAUAUUAGAAAUAUUUUUUUUCGUACCACUAAUAAUAUGCUAACAAUAUUUAAAGGAAAAAAAAAAAAAACAACAAAAAGUUUUUCUCAAAAUCUGUUGCCAGAGAAACAUUUUCCUUUGAGAAGCUGCUUGACUUUGGUCUCUCAUGUCUAUACGUGGCCUAUAUAAUGGUUUAGAAACAUUUACAGCAUUAUGAUAACACAUCAUAAAAGUGCUGCUCAAUCCCUCGUUAUAGUCACCCAGAAACUGACGAAACGCAGAAACUUUACUUUCUCUCGAUAUGUUUAACCAGAGUUUUGUUUCGUUUCCACAAACCGGUCUGUUCCUGAUUCUGAAAAGGUCGUCUGUCAUCCAUGCUUGCUAAUUCAUCCGCUAAUUCAUCCGCUAAUUAGUCCAGGUCCUCGCUGAUGUGUGUGGUGCAGCAGGAGGUGGGAUUCAGAACGAGUAGCUCGCUGUAGGUACACCAUCGAGAGAGACUUUAAGUAGAAACACACACCAAACUUUUUUUUUUCAGUAAGGUUUUGGGUUUAUUUUCUUCUUCUGGUUGUCGAAGCUGCUUGUCUGCACACGCUACAAAUUUCUCACCUCUUCCUGAUUUCAUCUUUCAGAUUUAAAUAUUGCUGUUAAACCUCUGCAUGAGAAGACAAGUAUAUAAAUAUCUCUAAUCGUCCAUUUCUUCUUAUGUAGUUUGGCAGUCUGAAAGUGAUUAAUGUAUAACCCGAAAAUGGCGACUUGAAAGCAUCUUUUCCAGCCGUUUAACUCGCUGACUAAUUGAAUGGUGUGAUGUACUGAAAAUCAGGACAUUAUCUAGCUAAUAAAUCUGUAUUAUGUGCGUCCACGCUGAUUCAGCCAGUAAUUCCGCCCGUGCGUUUUGUGCUUUUUUUUCCAGCGCGACUCCAUCAGGCUCGGACACACUUCCAUUUGUCUUGAUCUCCGUGACCGCAUGCAUCCGUCUUAUUUAUUUCAUUUCAGGAACACAGUCGAUAGGACGAAUACCAAAAGACAUUUUUAUUCAUAGUUCGUUUAAAAACCUCUUCGCAGCACUACUGUACAAAUCAGCGACACAGUUUAUUACAUACACUUUUUUAAAUUGUUAAAAUGCCAAACUGAUAAACCGUAAUACAAAUUAAAUUACAGGUAUUCAUAAAAAAUACUAUACAUAUUUGGUGUUUAAAAAAAGAUAGUUUUUUUUACGUUACCCGCCGUAGCACGAAGCACAUUCAGCGCUGAUUGUGGUGGACUGCUCGACUGUUCUGUACAUCACACACCUUACGCCUUACUAACUAAGACGAGUUCCGUAACGAUCCACGUGUUUGAGUCACACAACUCGUGCAAACGUUUUACUUCAAGAAAAAAAAAAAAAUCAAGUCUUAACCUGUGGUUUGGCUUCCUGUUCAAAAGGAAUAUAAAGUUUU